GCCUCUGUUGCUCUCCACUACUACUACUACUAUCACAAGCUAGGUAGCGAGGAAUUGACAAUAUCUAGCCAUGUCAACGGUCUCCUCUUCGCAGCAGACGUCUUCUCCCGCUAGGCCAAAGGCGCUACUGCGUCGAUUGACGAGCAGCAACAAGCAUGCAAAGUCUUCUUCCUCUUCGUCGACAUUCUCCUCUUCGAGCCACUCGUCCGCGGCACCCGCUGUCACCUACCGCGCACCUCCCACCAAGUCCACCACUGCAACGACGGCGGCGGCGGCGCCCAGUGCAAAUGGCCCAGACCUGUCGAACCUGCCGCUGCCGCUGCCGACGCUCGUCGUCGGCUCCGCCCUCGUCUUUGUUUUCGCCCUCGUCUCGCGGGCUUUCUAUACCUUCUCGACGAGCUUGCUUCGCGCCAUCGUCCUCGUACUGACGCUCGCCAUCGGCGUCGUCCUGCUGGGUGGGUGGGAGAAGCGCGCCAAGCCUGCUGGCUCAGGUGCGUCCCAAGGCCGAGGAGUACCUACUCAGGGAUGGGGAGCGGCAGGGCCAGGCGCAGGAGCAGGAGCAGCACCACCGCCACUGGCACCACCGCCACUGAUCAACGGCAACCUCGUCUCGCCCUAUUCGUACGCUUCGCGGCGCGCUUACUCUUCUUAUUGA